UUCUGCCUAAUUCAAAACAAAAAUAAGGUUGCAUUGGCAAUAUAACUUAUUUGGGUGAUCCUCGUUAGUGAGACUCACGACAGUGAACUAGACCAGACAUUCUAGGAGCAUGCUACUUCAGAAGAACAUGUAGAAGAUAAGUUGAUGGACGACUCUCCCCACCCCCAAUGUCUUCUUUGUUCACUUUUAUUUUCCAGUGUCGGAAGGAGAUUCCCAGAAAGAGAAAGGGACAUGGAAAAUGAGCCUUCCAGUAAUAUUUCUUUCUAAAAUGAGUAAUUACUACUCAUUGACUAAGUUAUGAUACUUAGACAAUAACAGGAACAAUGCUAGUAAAGUGAUAGCAAUCAUCUCCUCUCCUAACAGGAGGAAUUUAUUUUUAAGCUGAACUUUCUGCCUUGUCAUGCUCUUUUGAAUGCUUUAGAGAGAAUUUACUUUUCUAAGGAAAAAGCACCUAAUUGACUAGCUGACUAAGUAGCUGGAUCACUAGGAAGAAGAAGCCAGGAGGCAAUGGGUUGUGAGUUGCUAUUUUGCAGAUUUUAAAAGCCAGUGAUGGAUUUCUUAGAAAAAGCACACAAUAGAAGUGAAUGUACCACCAUGAGUGAGGAUGCAGCAGCCUUAUUUAGUGCAGGGUCAUUCUUCUGUCUUAGAAUUUGGUUCCAUGGGAGGGACUGGGUGCUUUAAAAGUACAACUGUGCUGAUGGUGUGCCAUCUAAGAAGAUGCUUAAGAAUGAAAAUAGAUUCUAUCUAGCAAUUGCACUUAAAACUAAAAUGAUUCACAAGAACAAUGAAAUUUGGAUACAUGUAGAACAAGUUACAACUGUAAUUUAAGAAAUCGUGCAGAGCCACUAAUAAACUUUUCCAAAAGUAUUUUAAAAUUAUUUCUGAAAGCCAUAAGUAAAGAAAAAUUCCUUUAGUGUUGCUAACGAUUAAACCAUAUAGAAGAUUUAUAAUGCCAUCUUUUUUUGAAACUGAAAUUUAUUUAAAGUCAUUCAUUAUUUAUAUUUUCUUUCAGUUCUAGUCCAAAGGAAAUUGGGUGCAUUUCUCUAACCAAGAGCAAUAUUAAAUGUUAGAGCUGUUUGAGAAAAGUGUCAUUUAUCCAUAACAAAAUUUCUCUAGGAACCGAUAUCAUAACCCUUUUCAUCUAAUUGACACUUGGGAAUAUUAAUUAAAUAUUUCUUCACUAAGCUAGGCUUUAAAAUUCAGAUUUGAUAGUGAGGAAAACCAAAGUUGAACAAUCAGGGUAUUAACAACUCUAGCAUAUGGACAUCUUUUCCUUCCGAAGCUUCUUGACCUUAUCCUCUUUAAAAACAAAGAAACAAAAACUCUCUUCCCAUCAGUUCCUUUCUGACUCCAUAUUGAUCGCAUCCUUGCCAAACCUGCUACCGUGAGAAUGUUAGGUUCAGGAGCUUUCAGAUCGUCAUUUUACUGAGGUGGAGUGAGAUGGCGAUAGCGCCUCGCUGGGCAAAAUGAGAAUUGAUAAUUCUGCAUCCUAUUCCUAAAGUCAAGGUUUCAAUUAAGCGCCUUCCAAAUCUCAUUUUCUAGGUCUUCUCUUGUAAAGGAAAAUCACCCUUUGCUCUGUAACAAUGCAGACAUGCUAUGUGCUUUCCUUCUUUUGUUUCUGUCCCAGAUUAGAAAGGAAGUUUGGUGGCGGUGAGGAGGAAAGAGAAUGAUCUGGUGAUGUACCAUUGCAAAACGCAUCCUAUAGAUUCUUUCUAGACCGCCAUGAGUCAGCCACCGACGGGGGGCGCUGCCCCUGCCACAGCCGCAGCUUCUGCCGCCACCGCUGCCACUGAGGCUCGCCUGCACCCAGAGGGCAGCAGCAGAAAGCAGCAGCGUGCUCAGUCACCUGCUAGACUGAGGGACAAUUCGGUCCGACAGAUAACCGCGGCCACCCGGUCCCCGGUAGGGACCGGCACUAAACUCAAUUCUGUUCGACAGCAGCAGCUGCAACAGCAGGGCAACAAGACCGGUAGCCGCACGGCGCCUCCUGCCACCUCUCGAGGAGGCGGAGGCGGGGCAGAGAAGGCCGCGCCCCUGGCGCCCAAGGGGGCAGCGCCGGGAGCUGUCCAGACCGCGGCAGGUGCUGAAGCGGCCCCCGCGGCAACCCUGGCCGCGGUGGGUGUCAGGAGGCCUGGUCCGUCCGAGGAGUCGCCCCGAGAGCUAGAGCCCGUGUCCUCUAAACUCGGGGAACCCCUUCCGCACGGAGAAGGAGGGGGAGGGGUUGGGGAAGGAGGAGGAGCCGGCAGCAGCUCCGGGGAAAGGGAGGGGGCCGCUCCUCAGCCGCCGCCGCCGCCCAGGGGCUGGCGAGGGAAAAGCGUACGCGCUCAGCAGAGAGGCGGCAGUGGCGGGGAGGGGGCCUCCCCUUCGCCAUCCUCCUCCUCUGCGGGCAAAACCACAGGCCCCGGCAGCAGAAACUCUGGGAUUGGCGUUGUAGGGGGUGGAGGCGGUGGCGGAGGGAGCUACUGGAAGGAAGGAUGUCUGCAGUCUGAGCUCAUCCAGUUCCAUCUCAAGAAAGAGCGGGCGGCAGCGGCGGCGGCCGCGGCUCAGAUGCACACUAAGAACGGCGGCGGCAGCAGUAACCGCAGCUCUCCGGUCGCUGGCGCCCCUACCAUUUGUGAGUCCCUCGCAGUCCCUUCUGCCUCCCCAAUGGCGGCAGCAGCAGAGGGCCCCCAACAGAGCGCAGAGGGCAGCGCGAGCGGAGGGUGCAUGCAGGCAGCGGCGCCCCCUUCGUCGCAGCCUCACUCGCAGCAGCUUCAGGAGCAGGAAGAAAUGCAGGAGGAAAUGGAGAAGCUGAGAGAGGAAAACGAGACUCUCAAGAACGAGAUCGAUGAACUGAGGACCGAGAUGGACGAGAUGAGGGAUACUUUCUUCGAGGAGGAUGCCUGUCAACUGCAGGAAAUGCGCCACGAGUUGGAAAGAGCCAACAAAAACUGCCGGAUCCUGCAGUACCGCCUCCGCAAAGCGGAGCGCAAAAGGCUCCGCUACGCGCAGACGGGGGAAAUCGACGGGGAGCUGUUGCGCAGCCUGGAACAGGACCUCAAGGUUGCAAAGGAUGUAUCUGUGAGACUUCACCAUGAAUUGGAAAAUGUGGAAGAAAAGCGAACAACAACAGAAGAUGAAAAUGAGAAACUGAGGCAACAGCUUAUAGAAGUUGAGAUUGCAAAACAGGCUUUACAGAAUGAACUGGAAAAAAUGAAGGAGCUAUCCUUGAAAAGAAGAGGAAGCAAAGAUUUGCCAAAAUCUGAAAAAAAGGCUCAACAGACUCCCACAGAGGAGGACAACGAAGAUCUGAAAUGCCAGCUGCAGUUCGUGAAGGAAGAAGCGGCUUUGAUGAGAAAGAAAAUGGCCAAGAUUGAUAAAGAAAAGGACAGAUUCGAACACGAGCUCCAGAAGUACAGAUCGUUUUACGGGGAUCUAGAUAGCCCUUUGCCCAAAGGCGAAGCUGGGGGUCCCCCCAGCACCAGGGAGGCUGAGCUCAAGCUACGGCUGAGGCUGGUGGAGGAAGAAGCCAACAUCCUGGGCAGGAAAAUCGUCGAACUGGAGGUGGAGAACAGAGGCCUGAAGGCGGAACUGGACGACCUGAGGGGCGAUGACUUCAACGGCUCGGCCAACCCCCUCAUGAGGGAGCAGAGCGAAUCCCUGUCGGAGCUGCGGCAGCACCUGCAGCUGGUGGAAGACGAGACGGAGCUGCUGCGGAGGAACGUGGCCGACCUGGAGGAGCAGAACAAGCGCAUCACCGCGGAGCUCAACAAGUACAAGUACAAGUCGGGCGGCCACGACAGCGCGCGGCACCACGACAGCGCCAAGACCGAGGCCCUGCAGGAGGAGCUGAAGACGGCGCGCCUGCAGAUCAACGAGCUCAGCGGCAAGGUCAUGCAGCUGCAGUACGAGAACCGCGUGCUUAUGUCCAACAUGCAGCGCUACGACCUGGCCUCGCACCUGGGCAUCCGCGGCAGCCCCCGCGACAGCGACGCCGAGAGCGACGCGGGCAAGAAGGAGAGCGACGACGACUCGCGGCCGCCGCACCGCAAGCGCGAAGGGCCCAUCGGCGGCGAGAGCGACUCGGAGGAGGUGCGCAACAUCCGCUGCCUCACGCCCACCCGCUCCUUCUACCCGGCGCCCGGCCCCUGGCCCAAGAGCUUCUCCGACCGGCAGCAGAUGAAGGACAUCCGCUCCGAGGCCGAGCGCCUGGGCAAGACCAUCGACCGGCUCAUCGCCGACACGAGCACUAUCAUCACCGAGGCGCGCAUCUACGUGGCCAACGGGGACCUGUUCGGACUGAUGGACGAGGAGGAUGAUGGCAGCCGCAUCCGCGAGCACGAGCUGCUCUACCGCAUCAACGCGCAGAUGAAGGCCUUCCGCAAGGAGCUGCAGACGUUCAUCGACCGCCUCGAGGUGCCCAAGUCCGCGGACGACCAGGGCACCGAGGAGCCCAUAUCCGUGAGUCAGAUGUUCCAGCCUAUCAUUUUACUUAUUCUCAUUCUUGUAUUAUUUUCAUCACUUUCUUACACAACAAUAUUUAAACUUGUCUUCCUUUUUACACUGUUUUUUGUACUGUAAAUCUUUCAUCAUUUACCAUUCAUUGUAGUGUUUCAGUUUGUUUAUUUUGUUCACCCUUCAAGACAAGAAGUAAAAGAAGUAUAAUUUCUGUAGUAACCAAUGCUAUAAAAACACUGAAGACUGCUUAUUUCUUUAAAAAGACACAUCUUACUACCACCAAUUUCAAUAAGAAGCCCAAGCAUUAAAAAUUUCAGGAUCUAACACUGCACCUGGUAAAUGUGUUUAAAGAGUAAAGGAAGAAGGGGCUGAAAGAUUAUACAAGCAAGAAGUCAGAAGCCACCCCGUCUCAUCUAUAGCCAGGGUUGGCAGAGCGUAAUGUGAUUAAAUCAAUAACUGCUUUGCGGCGCUUCAAGAUCAUCCUUCAGACAUUUAUGGUAAAUUAAAUGUGCAAUGGUAUACUGAAGGCAAAGUUGGUGCAUUUAGCCCCAGAUUUUUUCCAUUGCCAAGUUAAAUUUCUUCUGUCUUCAUAUUCUGACCCAGGAAUUACAUUAUUUAGGGAUACAAGCUUCUUCAGAUAAGCAGCAUCAAGAUAAAUACUGUGUCAUAGGACUCCUGUGUUAUACUUGGAAGAUGAAGUAUUAUCUCCCUCAUUUGGACUUAAAGGAAAAUUCAAUUUAAGAUCUGACAAAGCCAGGAAUCAAUGUCUCACACCCUAAACUCUUAUCCCUGGGUUCUAUUCCCUCCCUUGAACUCCUUGGAAUUUUAAAUUUCAAGGUCCUCCCCCAGGAAUGAGAAGACCUGGAUUCUAUUCCUGGCGUUGCUAGUAACUGGCUUUGUGACCUUGAGCAAAUGACUUAACAUCAGGGCCUCUUUCCUCAGCUGUAAAAUGAGAAGCUUGGCAGGACGAUGUCAGGGGUUCUUCCUGGCUACAAAAUUCUAUGAGUCUGGAAGCACCUGCUAGUGAUGUUUUGCACCCAAUAUUCCUCUUUCUCCCUUUCCAAGAUGUUUUAGUCUGUGGCUUAAUAUCAUCAUUUAUAAAGACCUUUUCCAACCCUUUCCAGGAUUUUCCUUUUUGUUUCU